AUGGGUCCAAUUUUCAAGACCCGCCCCAGCCCGACCCGGGGACGGACAAAGUCGCAACCGAACCGCAAACCCGUGCAUCAGCCCGAUUACCUCAGGUGUAAAAAUCCCCACAGUUUGACUACUCCGAACAACGCAAAGGUUCUCAGGAGACACGAUCUGCAAGACUUGACAGAGAAACAGCUGUUCCAGCUGCUGCUUCAGAAUGAUCCCUACCUGCUCCCCGAGAUAUGCUCGCAUUACAACAAGGGCAGCGGUCUGCAAGGCUCCUGUCGGUUCAACUCCUCCAGCACGAAGCUGCACAUGUGCCAGCACUACUACCAGUGCGACUGUCAGUUCGGUUCCGCGUGCAAGAGAGCGCAUCGCCUCGACGCUCAGGCCAUGAAGCUUUUCCAGGGAUAUAGUCAGGAGAACAUCAACAACCUCCACAAGAACUACAGAAAUAAGCUCAUCAUCUCAGGUGACCUGAAGAGGCCAGCUGCUGCUGUUCCUGCCUUGCCAGAGGUGAGCAUCCCAGCCCCGCCGCCAUCCCGUCAGACUCCCCACACUAACCCGGUGACCCCCAGCAGAGCUGCUAUUCCAGCCAACCCCCCGAGUGACGCUGAGAGAAAUGAAAUCUGCCUCUUCUUCAUCCGGAGAAAGUGCUUGUACAAAGACAAGUGUGCUCGGGUCCACUGGCACCUGCCUUACAGGUGGCAGGUUUUAGAUGUGGAUGGCGUGACCUAUAAGGACCUGGUGGACAUGGAAAACAUUGAGAGGGCAUAUUGUGACCCGGCUCGGGGCACGAGCUGCAUGGAUCAACCCUCCGCCAGCCUGGGACUCCUGAGAUUUAUGGGAUUUCAAAGGUGCACAAAGACAGAAAAGACAUACGAGAGGAAUCUCCCUGAAGGGAUUCCAGUCCGUCGAUUGUCCACUACCUCCUCCGUCUCGAAGCCUCCUCACUUCAUUCUCACCACGCAGUGGGUCUGGUACUGGAAGGACGACGGGGGGGCGUGGCUGGAGUUUGGGCAGGUGAGGCGUCAUGAUUCCGUCGCCUCUCAGACCCUGGAGAACGUGUACCUGGUGGACAGAGACACAGAGGUCCCGUUCAGCGCCGGCAAACACCAGUACGUUCUGUACUUCAAAGACGCGGCGGGCAGCGGGCGGAUGUAUCAGCAGAACGUCAAACACAAAACCAAGAGAGAAGUUAGGAGGAGACCUCGCUUUCUGUCGACCCGUGACGUGGAAGCACAGCUGAAGAGCACUUCAUCACAGAGCUCGAGCUCCUCCAUAGCCGAAAUCUUACCGUCCACCUGGGAUAAGACCGCCCUGCCAGAGCUGGGAUACAGGCUUGUGCAGCUCACCUCGUCGGCGAAGGAGUACUCCAUGAUUGAGAUGCUGUUCAAGCGCACCAUGCCUCAGAGUAAAAUCAACAGCAUGCACCGGAUCCAGAAUCCGUCUCUGUGGAAAGUGUUUCAGUGGUGAGUCACUGCUGCUUGAUAAACAGAUAAUUUUAAUAAUAAAAAUGAGCUUGUAGCAUAUCGUCCACCUCACAACGAUG